UCUGUGCCGGUGUUCUUCAGGCUUGUCUCCAGACCUGCAGUCUAUGGAGCAGAUCAGAUGAAUCAUGAGACCCACAGAUGUUCCAGAUCAAGGUCUCCUGUGUGAUCUGCUGUGGUCGGAUCCAGAUAAAGAUGUGCUGGGCUGGGGUGAGAACGACAGGGGCGUCUCCUUCACUUUUGGAGCUGAAGUGGUAGCCAAGUUCCUCCACAAACACGACCUGGAUCUCAUCUGCCGGGCCCAUCAGGUGGUGGAAGACGGCUACGAGUUCUUUGCUAAGAGGCAGCUGGUGACCCUGUUCUCCGCACCGAACUACUGUGGAGAGUUCGAUAACGCCGGAGCCAUGAUGAGCGUAGACGAGACCCUCAUGUGUUCUUUUCAGAUUUUGAAACCAGCUGAGAAGAAGAAACCAAACUCCAGUCGCCCAGUGACCCCACCCAGGAACAUGGUGACCAAACAGGCCAAGAAAUGAGGCGGGACUUCAUCAUACAGUCUUCAUGCGUCACAGUUUGGGAGGCGUGUCGAUCUGGCUUCCACUGACUGGGAACUGUUGACUGCGUGUGUUGUUUUAAUUCUUCUUGUAUUUUUCUUCCGUUUACGUCCUUUUUCACCAGCGACACGUGGACUCCGAUAUUAGAGGGGUUUUUUUGUUUUGUUUUUUUGGAGACAGCAAUGGCUUUUAUAACCUUAACUACUUCAGGAUGACACAUCUUGGUUUUAAGCAAGCUCCGCCCAAUGUAACCAUGACAACACCCUUUCCCCGUUUAUAAAUACAGGGAGAAACUCUGGAGUUUUAAAUCGAAUUCUAUGUUUCACACGAUAUCCGCUCCUAACGGCUCGUUCAGACCACUGUGAACAAACGAAAUGUUUUCACUUGAUAGUACGAAGUAGAUAGCACCUAAAACAUGUUUGUUCUUUUGUGCCAUGAGAUUUGAUAUUCAGUCCACUCAUGUUUUACAAUACUUUUGUCGUUAUUGUGUCUUGGAAUUCUUUUAAAAGCCGAAAGCAGGAUAUAACAGAACAUGAAUGAAUGAAUGUUUGAAAUCUGUUUGCAGUAUUUGGUGUGAAAGCUUGUGCGUAUGCGAGUGAGAGACGUGGAAUGAAGGAAAUGAAGAUUCUUUGAGGUGGUAACCAACUUAAUGUUCAGUUUGUAUGUCUAAGUUGUUUGUUUUCCUGUUCGUUUUUGACAAGAUGCCUUGUAUUCUUACUCCAUUAUGUCUGGUAUCAGUUGAUUCAUGUAACCGGCGAUGUGUUUGCGUCGCAUUAUGGGCAUGUUGAUUGAUUUAUCACAAAAGGACUUUUUUGUUGCAUGCAUCUAGUAUUCGAAUAAGACACAGGGCCUUGGCUUUCUCAGGGCAUGCGACAUUCAGCAUGCCUUUAGAAUAAUGUAGCUCCUCAUCAGGUAUAUCACAUCAGGAAAACUUUUUUCUUGCAAAUUUUUACAGUAUUUCAUAUAAAUUCUAUGUGUAACCUAAACCCACUGUAAAUAUACAGGAAAUGUUUUGUCCAGUCUUGGCAAUAAUUCAGUUUUCACUCUAUAAAUAAAUGGGAGGAGUGAGAAUUGCACUUGUUGUUUUUGUUAUCUGUUUUUAUUCAUGUUGUGGUCCUCAAAAAUAUUUGAUUUCUCUCAAAAUUAAGUCGUUUAUAAUUUCCUCUGAGAUUUUACCACCUAAAAUCUAUAUCUAUAGAGACACUUACCAUCCAGUCAGUUUUCUAUCAAUAAAUCCUACUCUAAAAAGUUU